AACAAUUCCCGCCACGAGUACAACAAUUCGUUUCUCUGUUAUUCGAAGUGCGGUACUGGUGGUAGGCUGUCCUCAACAGUCAGCAACACAAGUAGUUUGGCUAUCCGCGCGCGGUAAAGACCUGUUGUCGGCAACUAUUGUUCCUAUUAAAAUAAUUUUCGUGCUAGUCAACCAUGUCUGUGGAAGGAAUCGAGUAUGACAUGAUCAUUCAAGAUGGGCCAAAAAAGGCGGCCAUGGCAACAAACAUAGAUAAGGACCUGAUUCGCGAGGCGUACGAAGAAGUACGUGCAGACAACUCUGAAACCGAAUGGGCCGUGUUCAAGUUCGAAGGCACGCACAUAGUCGUGUCGGCCAAAGGAGUCGGCUUCGAGGAGUUCCGAGAGCAGUUCAAGGACGACGACCGAGCGUUCGGCUACAUCCGCAUCCAGAUGGGGGACGAGAUGAGCAAGCGACAGAAGUUCCUGUUCCUGACGUGGGUGGGGCCGGCGGUGGGCGUCAUCAAGCGAGCCAAGAUGAGCACGGACAAGGCCGUCAUCAAGGACGUGAUCGCCAACUUCUCCGUGGAGAUCCAACUGGAGAACCUGAACGAGUUCAACCUGGAGUACUUCCGUGAGCAGCUGGUGCGUGCGGGGGGAGCCAACUACGGCACGGGGAUGCGCGACCUGUAGCCGUGCCCCCUCCCCCUCCCGCACGGCACAGAGACCGAGCCGUGGGCGCGACGCACCGAACCACCCCCCCACCCCCCGCGAGGUUGUAGUCUGUCUCUGAAGUGUUGCGAGGCUGAGUUUGGACAAUGAUUAUCCAGCAGGAGGUACCUAAAUUGCAGACAUGAGUUGUAGCAAAUACGUAUAUCACAUGUGCCCCCCUUUUUUUAAACUAAACAAGCGUAUUGUAAAGAAUUUCAAAAAUUUAUAACUUAUUAUAAUCACUGUACAUUAAAAAAAAAUCUAUAAUCACGUUGAACGGCAGUUUGAGUGAACAACCAGUAGGAGUUUUUAAAAGUUAGAGCUAAAUCUUUUUUGUUAAAUAGUAUAUAAUUUGCAGGUCAGCAUGUUGUGUAUAUAUUUAAUUACAUUGUUUGAAAAAUAAAUGCUUAUAGAAAUUA